CAUCGUAAUACAAUAUCAUGAUUCACCAGUUCAACGUUAUCUUAGCAGAAAUAUAUUGUUUAUUAUCAUAUCAGUUAACUACCACCGUUUAGGUCGUGUGGUUUGGCAAUGAUAACGAAAGAUUGAAUAUUGAAGCAAUCGAGGUGUCAAAAAAGCUUAUAUUUCUAGAACCAUUCUUCAGUUUGUGACGGGAAUUCACAAAGCAGACAAUAUAGUAAGUGAGUUUUUGUUCUUCGUCUCGUUAUCGUUUAUCUGGAGAAUAAACACCACCAUCACCACCAUGGGCAGCUGCACCAAAUGGAUAGAGAUGAGCCAGAAAAAUAAACCACAGUCGAACACUUUGACAGCAGGAAUAAUGACCCUUCUGACCACCGGCAUGCUCGUCGGAUCAACAAUAUUCAACAUGGACAUACAGAGACAAACCUGGGCUCUGAACCAUUCUGACACUACAAUACUCUUCACGUUAAUUUGCUUUUACAUGGCCGCAAUCGUCGGUUCUAUUGCUGCAUGCUUUUUCGUAGAACGUUUCGAAAAAAAGCCACUCUCGAAAGUGUACUUAGUGCUGGUGAUCGUCGCCAGUAUUUUACUGAUAGUCCUUCCCAACAACAUCGUAGCGAUGGCUUUUGCACGAGUCCUUUUUGGAUUGGCCCACGGUAUGGCCUAUGUGAUUAUCUUGAUUCAUGGUGGUGAAGUUUCGAUUAAGGAGCUUCGUGGAUUGAACAUAUCAGCAGUUAACUAUUGUUUAAUACUCGGAGCUGUGACGCAUGGUGUUUUUACCCCCAUUCAUAGCUAUAAUGAAUUGAAUCCGAAUCGGCUCGUCGGAAUACUCGGCCUUACGUACGCCGUUAUCGGAGCUGGCAUAGCUCAAUUUCUAACGUACGAAUCUCCAGUUUAUUUAAUACAACGGGGACGAGAGGGUGAAGCCAUUCAGGCAAUGAUGAAACUGCGUAACGACUCGACCGAAACAUGGGAAAUAAGAAACGAUUACACUGAAUUUAAAACUAUGCUUCAAGAAGAUGAUGAAACUUCUCAGUCAAUUUUUCAGGAUGGUAACAUACGCCCGUUGGUAUUGCUAUCGCUUUGUAAGCUAGCGUCAGUUUUAUCGUUCAACAUGGCAUUGAACUUGGUCCGGUUGAACAUCCUUGACGAGCUAUUCGGUUAUGAUGACUACAGUAUAUCUGCUGUGAUGAUUAUGAUGGUUCGUUUAAUCAUGGGAUCCCUGUUUCUGUUCGUGAUUGAUCGAUUUGGGCGGAAGGCACCCAUACUAUUGUCAACGAUAGCCAGCGGUUCGAUCCUUGCCAUCACAGGAUUGAUCUACCUGGUGGCGGACUACAUCAAUCGCGAUGUGGGAAUUGCUUUAAUACUCACUUACGAGGUAGUGUCUUCUACCGGUUUAACUAUAGUUCCCGAUGUUUACAGCUCGGAAGCAUUCAAUACAAAAAAGAAGGCAGCAUCAAUUGCUGCUCUUCACACGGUGGAAAACAUUCUUCAGAUUCUAAUCACAGUGGUGGUGUUUUCGUGGGACUUCACCGAUGGUUAUAAGCAGGGAGCUGUGAUGAUAACUUGUGGAUUUCCACUACUAGCCUUGUCAGGAAUCUUCUAUAGAUGGCUGCCGGAAACUAACAAGAUGACUAUUAGACAGACUCGAACGGAAUUCUCCAAGCACGGAGAGAUUGUUUUCAGCGGUACAAAAACACAACCGCACAACUUUUUGAACGAUUGAGAUAGACGUAAAGCGAAACAUAUUUGGAAAUAAUUAAUUGUGAUAUAAGUAAAAUACAGACAAUCUACAAAACUGA